AUGGCAGAGCCACAGGAAUCCAAGGGCAAAGCUCCUGCACAGGAGCCUAGUGACAGCACAAAUGGACAAGACAACCACAUCACUGAUAACAGCAGUGCAGAGAAGUCUUCAGAGACCAUUGAAGGCUCAUCUGGCAAGAAAGACAAAACGCCUCUUGUUUCAGGAGUCAAAGAGAGAAUUGGCAAACUAGCACGUUCCUCUAACGAUGACAAGACAGUCACACCUCAGAUGCUUGACUCCUUACUUCGCAUGAACCCAUCCUUGGCUGGCGAGCUGGCUGGCAUGCCUCAAGACAAGGCCAUCGAAACACUCACCAGUAUGAAUGUCGCUGACCUCCUCACUGGACUGUCCUUGGGGAAGAAGAACCAGAAGGACAUGGCCUCUUACAAAUUUUGGCAAACUCAACCUGUCCCGCGUUUCGAUGACCAGGAAAACCUCACUGAAGGCCCCAUCAAAAUCAUCAACCCAGAGGAAGUUUCGAAGGAGCCGCCACAGCUGAUAGAGGGGUUUGAGUGGGUGACACUGGAUAUUUCAAACGACAGUGAAGUGACAGAGCUGUAUGAAUUGUUGUCCAAUCACUAUGUCGAAGAUGACAACGCCAUGUUUCGCUUUAAUUAUUCCAGAGCAUUCCUCAAUUGGGCUUUGACAUCUCCUGGCUGGAAAAAGGAAUGGCAUGUGGGAGUUCGUGCAACAAAGUCUCGCAAGUUGGUCGCUUUUAUUUGCGGUGUGCCAACAUACAUCCGAGUUCGCGAUCAGAAGCUCAAAGUGGUCGAAAUUAACUUCCUUUGCGUGCACAAGAAGUUGCGUUCCAAACGUCUUGCACCUGUCUUGAUCAAGGAAGUGACCCGUCGCUGUUAUUUGCGAGGAAUUUACCAAGCCAUCUACACUGUGGGCAUUGUUCUUCCCAAGCCUGUGACCUCAUGCCGCUAUUACCAUCGUCCUCUAGACUGGUUGAAACUGUACGAAGUUGGGUUUUCUCCUCUCCCCCCAGGUUCCACCAAAGCGCGCCAGAUUACCAGAAAUCACCUUCCAAGCCACACGGCCACCCCUGGUCUGCGCAAAAUGCAAAAGAAGGAUGUGGGCGCAGUCUACAACUUGCUCGAACGGUUCCUGAAACGCUUUGAUAUUAAUCCGGCAUUCUCAAAGGAAGAAAUAGACCACUGGCUGCUUCAUCAAGAGUCGCGUGGUGAGCAGGUCGUUUGGUCCUAUGUAGUAGAAGAAUCACACACGAAGAAGAUUACAGACUUUGUGUCUUUCUACAGCCUGGAAUCAUCAGUCAUCGGCAACCCGAAGCACAAGGAAGUUCGUGCUGCAUACCUGUACUAUUACGCGUCGGAGACUGCUUUCAACGACAGAGAGGCGGGCUUCAAGGAGCGGCUUCAGUUAUUGAUCAACGAUGCUCUCAUCGAAGCUAAGAAGGCUCACUUUGAUGUCUUCAAUGCGCUCACCCUGCAGGAUAACCCUCUAUUCCUUGAACAACUUAAAUUUGGUGCUGGUGAUGGUCAGCUGCAUUACUACCUGUACAAUUACCGCACUGCUCCUGUUCCCGGCGGAGUCGACCACAAGAAUCUUCCGGACGAGCGAAAGAGAGGAGGAAUGGGCGUGGUUCUUCUUUAA